AUGAUGAUUUCUGCCAUGUUCAGCGGACUGAAAGAGGGAAAGUUCACCUUCUCCAGUGGGAAGAAUCCACCGAAGAUGUUGGUUAAGCUUAUCACCAGAGCUCAAAAAUACACUAAUGCCGAGGAGUUCUCUAACUCCAGCAACAAUGUCCAAGUAGCAGAGCCGUUAACCAAAGGGAAGAGGCUGAGGAAUGAGGAGCCCCAACCAUCCAACAAGAAAUCAGACGACUACGUUCCUCGUGAUCAUCACCUGAGUAGGAAGCCUGAGGGCAAGUUCUGUUCCUACACUCCCCUCAACACGUCUAUAGAGCAGAUACCACUAGACAUCAGGGGUCAGAGGCUCCUAAAUUGGCCCGUUUGCAUGAAGGCCGACACGGAAUGCCGAGACAAGCGCAAAUAUUGUCGGUUCCAUUGUAACCACGGUCACAACACGAGUGACUGUGUGGAUCUCAAGGAUGAGAUUGAGACUCUCAUCCGUAAGGGUCAUCUUCACCGAUACACCGAGGAGAAAACAACCCAGAGAGAAGAGCAGCCGAGCAAAGCUGUAAAAGAAAUGGUUGAAAUCUGUACCAUCUUUGGUGGUUCGUCUGGCGAAGGAGACUCAAACAGGGCCCGUAAAGCCCACUCUCAGAAGUUUAUCCCAGAGCAUUAUGUCCACCUAACUGAGAGGUCAAGGAAAGAUCUUCGAGUUAGUCCUUACAGCCUGACCUUCACAGAAGAUGAUGCAUGUGGAAUCUAUCAUCCACACGACGAUGGCUUAGUGGUAAUGAUGACCAUAGCCAAUCACAAGGUGUACUGCAUCCUGGUCGACACCGGGAGCUCGACCGUUGUCAUCUACUCGGAGGCCUUCGAAAAAAUAAGAAUUCCAAGGUCAUGUUUCAGACAUGUGAAAACCCUCCUACACGGCUUUGCCGGAGAAAGGGUGAUCUCCGAAGGAGCUAUCUUCCUCCCUGUGACCGUGGGAGAAUGA